AUGGCCGUGAUGAAGGAUCCUUACCAUUAUCAAGAACCAGUGGAAGAUAGCAAUAUAGAUUAUAUGCAGGACUUGGAUGAUGAUGAAGCAGAAGAAACACUCUCCCUGUGUGAUCUUCCCACAUACUGCGACGCUGCCGAUUGGGCCAAUGACCGCUGUUAUUCCAAAGAGGAUCAGAGCUCCUCCUCAGAUGAUCAAGAACGUGAAGACUUCUUCGAGUUCUCCAGCAGCGAAGAUUUUAGCUUGAGGUCCGUCCCAGCUGAGAACAUCAUCUUCUGUGGGAAGCUCAUCACUUGCAAAGACCCGCUUUCCGGUGAAACCCGAGACCCCCCAAGUGAGAAAGAGCAACCAAAACCCAGCAAGAAAAGAAGCAGCCUUUUUUUCCAAUGGAAAUCAUCAGGAUGGUUCAGCAAACCAAAAGCUUCCAAAUACAAAUCGAAGAAGGUUGAUCGUGAUGAGUUGAGAUGCAACGAGUACACGAAGCUGAAUCAAGUUUCAAGAUCAAAGUCUGUACCAGCAUCAGGGAAUUUUGGACUCAACACAGGGAAGUGUACCGGAAAGUAUGAUAUUUCAGUGCAGCAAGUGUCCUUUACCAGGUCUCCGACAAAGUCCCGGUGGCAUUUGCUCAUGUUUGGGAUUACAACGGUUCCAAACACAGAGAUGGAUCUGAGGAAAAUGAGGAGCAGGCAGAGCCGCCACCACAGUUCAAGGACGCCAUCAUUCCGAUCCUUUGACUAUGGGGAAGAGGUGAGAAUUGGGAAGAGCAGUGGGAAGGGGCUUUGGGGACUGCUGAAAGCUUUGAGUUGCAGGGCCUUCCAUGCAAACGAUGUCGUGAAGGCAACGUUUGGCUCCAUUUCUGAGACCAGAUAG